AAAACAUGGAACUAAGAUCGCCUGCUGUUGUCGCUCUUCAGUCCAUUGCAAGUGAGAUUAGGUGUAGGCUGAGUUCAAUUUAUUUAUAGUUUGUUCGAGAUGUAAUUCGUAGUGAACAGUUCUAUUAUUCAACGUGUGUGUUAGGUUUUGUCGGGUUGUGAGAAUAUUGUUCUGUGAAUUUUUAUUAAUUACACCAUCCGGAGGAUUUACCUGAACCAACACAUUUGUGUUUUCCUCUCGAUAUAGUUUAUUGUAAGGAUGGAGGCAAAAUAUGGAAGUACUUUAGUGUAGAAGUCUCAAAUUUGCAUGGCGGUGACGUGACCUGUAGGAAGAAUGGGGAUGUGUUGCAGUCGACAUGGGCCUGACUCCGGGCGUCCCCUUGUGUACAAUCACGGGUACAAGUCGCACGAGGGACAAGACACGGGCCAGGUGGGGCCAGGGGACCCCCGCUACACGCCUGACCCUAACAACAGAGGCGGCGCCGUCACCGUGAAGCGGCAGGGCCAUGACAUCAUCCGCACCCCCACCACACCAUUCCACCCCAGCUGCUCGAGGGGCCGUAUCGUGGUAGCUGUAUACAACUACAUGUCCAGGGAAGCUGCUGAUGUCUCUUUCGUCAAGGGAGAUCGGAUGGAAAUACUCGAUGACAGUGACGCGGACUGGUGGAGAGUGAGACAUCUGCGCAAUGGUAAUGAAGGCCUCAUCCCCUGGAACUUUGUAGCAGAAGAAAAGUCUGUGGAGAGUGAAGACUGGUUCUUUGGAAAGAUCUCGCGCAAAGAGGCGGAGAAGCUACUGCUCCUAGAGGAGAAUGCGCGGGGUACGUUCUUGGUGCGUGACUCGGAACACAAUCCUCACGGAUACUCUCUGAGCGUCAAGGACUGGGAAGAGGUGCGAGGCUACCACGUCAAGCACUACAAGAUAAAGCCCUUGGACAACGGUGGGUACUACAUCGCCACCAGCCACACGUUCCCCACACUGCCGGCUCUUGUGGUGGCGUACACCAAGAAUGCCCUGGGGUUGUGUCACGUGCUGGCACGCCCCUGUCCGAAACCCCGACCCCAGAUCUGGGACCUCUCCCCGGACAUGAGGGACCAGUGGGAGAUUGACCGCAGUGAGGUACAGCUAAUCAGGAAACUGGGACAUGGCAACUUUGGUGAGGUGUGGUACGGCAAGUGGAGGAACAAUAUAGAAGUGGCAGUGAAGACUCUGAGACAGGGAACAAUGUCGACGCAGGCGUUCCUGCAAGAAGCAGCUAUCAUGAAGAAGUUCCGUCACGACCGACUGGUGGCGCUGUACGCUGUGUGUAGCAAGGAGGAGCCGGUGUACAUCGUUCAAGAGUACAUGAACAAAGGCAGCCUCCUAGAGCUGUUACGGAACACAGACGGCAAACUUCUGCAGUUCGGGGACCUCAUCUACAUUGCAGCUCAGGUCGCAAGUGGAAUGGCUUACUUGGAGUUAAAGCAACUCAUCCACCGAGACUUGGCUGCACGAAACGUUCUCAUCGGAGACAAUAACAUCGCCAAGAUCUGUGACUUCGGGCUGGCCAGAGUCAUAGAGGAUGAUGAGUACUGUCCAAGACAAGGCUCAAGAUUCCCAGUGAAGUGGACAGCACCUGAAGCCAUCGUCUACGGGCGCUUCUCCAUCAAGUCUGAUGUUUGGUCUUUUGGCAUCCUUCUCAUGGAGCUCUUUACUUAUGGCCAAGUUCCUUACCCAGGGAUGCAUGGGCGUGACGUGAUCGAGCAGGUGGAGCGUGGUUACCGCAUGCCCAAGCCCACUUCUCACUUCCUGCCGGACCCGAUCUACCGGCUGAUGCUGCAGUGCUGGGACGCUGACCCGGACAAGAGACCCACCUUCGAGUUCCUCAACCACUAUUUCGAGGAUUUCACAAUCACCUCAGAGCUUCCUUACAAGGAGAUCCUCGACUGAUGCGACAUCCUCGUCCUAGUUUAAACCUCCUCAUGACAACAGUAUUUUGCUGAUUUUCAUCAGGCUCGUUGAUUUAUCUUGAAUCAUGAAAGCUUUUCUAUUCUUGUAUUUUCCUGCUUUUAUUGCUUUUUCCUAUAGCAGCUAUAAUAAUUAUAUAACGAACAAAGCACCAUCAUUCUUUCUAUUCCAGAGUACUUUUCAAGCCAACAAAAUUGUAAGAUUCUUAUUUUUAAUGAUUUUAUUCUCAUCUGCAUGUGUGAGUGUGUCUAUAAACCAAUUUAAAAAAUCAUUUUGGGACUUAUUUGUCCCUGGAAUUUAUAUGAACAUUCAAAUUUAUAUAGAUAAUUUAUUUUUGUACAGAUUAACUUAAAACAAUAAUUUCAAGUUUUUUUAAAGGAAAAUCUAGCAAAAUACUGUCAAUUGCUCAACUGGGGCACAUGCCAUGUUGAUAUUUAUUUUACCUAACUAGUGAAAAGGCUGUUUUGAUCAAAGGUAUGUGAUAUAGAAGGCUGCAGCCGAUUACGUUGUUGUGAAGUAAGCCCGACGUACUUAGUUAUUACGUUCAGUACGUAAAAACAACAAAGACAAGGUGCUUGCGCAAACGGUGCUGUUUAUUGUUUGAUCUCAGUUGAACGUUCAAACAAAACGUCAGUUGUACUUUACCCAUAAUGCACUUGUGACUAAUAUAUUAUAUUUGAUGUACAGUACUAUGUUUAAUUUAUGAGUUAUCUUGUGUUCAAUUGUUCCAGUUUGAGUUGCUAAUAAUCUAACUAACCCCCGUACAUAAGCAUGACAUUUAUUUAAUUUUGUUACACUCUUAAGUAAUAAAUUAGUGACAAAUACUUUGUAAUGCCUCUAGGGAAUUAUAAUAAAUAUUGUUUGUAUGCAUUUUAUUAUUUGCUAAAUGCUACAAUGUACUUAAGCAUUCAUCAGUUCCUUUUCAAUUUUUACUAAACUAAAAUUAUGUUACCAUGAUAAAGUAAUAUAUUUUUUAUCAAUCUUAAAUUUGCCAGGUGCAAAAUUAAAAGGGUAAUUUUUACAAACCCAAGUGUUUAUAAGUGUUCUUCACUUGUGAAGACAUAUGUACAAAUAACUUAGUAGAAAUAUCAACUUUAGAAACAAUUAAUUUCUGCCUAUCCGGGAAAGGAUAUUGAAUAAUAAUACAAUACCAUCAAUAAUUUUAACAAGUUACAGAAAAAGGAUUUAAUCUGUCAUGUUUCCUAUAAUAGUUACUUUACUGUCUUCAUUAAAUUCAAUGAAACGAUUUAUAUUUAAUUAAUUUAAUGAUCUGCUGAAAAUAGAUUAUUAAUAUGUGAAUUUCAUAUUUUGAAUAAAGUGAUAUUAAAUGUUAUGUUAAUAUACCCAGAUCCGCCAAAAUAAAUUGUUUCUCAAUACUUUGUAUUGUGUGAAAUUACAUUUUAAAAUUACAAUAAUGUCAUAGUAUGGGAACAUGUUAGUGCAUUAAUUUAUUAGUUAAUAACCACAAAUCACAAAUUUAUGCAGGCCAUAAUCCACUUGUUUACUUUUUCAUUUACCAUCUGUAUUUAGUUUGCAUAUAUAUAUAUAUAUAUAUAUAUAUAUAAACAUUUCUUAACGAUAGUAUAAAACACAAAUAAACAUUUCUCUUGCCUGUGUUACGGGUUUUUCUACAUUAAUUUGUGAAUAUAUUCCUGUUUUUAUACUCAAAUUAUUUACAGACAAGAAAAUAGUUAGCUUAACAAAAGUUUAGGUUAUGUUAUAAUGCUUGUAUUUAUUUACAUUUUAGCUUUGUAAGAUAAUAUACGUAAUAAGCUUAGUUGGGUUUGUUUAAAUAAAGUCCAGUAAUGCAUUUUCCAGUUGUCACUAUUUAGUGUUCAAAAAAAUAUAUUUUUGUAUUGAUUUUAAUGAAUUUUGCUAAAAAUUCUUUAAAAAGUUUCUUAGAUUUCCAUUUGUUUUUACCACUCUUGAAAACAAAACUGUAUAAAUUGGGCAUUGCACUAAAGUUUUAAUGUUUUUGCCAAAAUAUACUAGCUACUAAACAUAAAUUAACAUGUAAAUAGUCCUUUUUAGGUAAGGAUCUGUGUUAAGUUAAUCUUAUAUAGCGUUUUAUGUUCACUACAUCUAAAUUAUAGAACUGUAAACCUGGCAGUGUAGGUUCCUUAUAAACGAGUAGAGCUGAUUUAUUCUUCUUUGUACUUAUUUUUUUACAAGGUUAGUGUAAUGAGAAAGUUAAGUUAAAUUUUGAUAUUUCACCACUUAUCGGUGAUAAGCCAGUGUUGUUUCUAAUGUGCCAAUUAUUUAUUUUCUCCGAUAUAUUUUGUGUAAUUUAUUUAAAACCGCAACAGUAGUGGAUAUUCUCGUGUAUUUAAUGAACUAACUGUGCUCGUCUCGUGCAGUGACCGUGCCUUCUUUAAUUUCUUCUCCGUAAAUUUUCUACUUGACACUCGUAAACAGAGGGGGCAGUAUAAAUAAGGAAAGUGUGGCAUCAUAAUUGAAUGUUAAACUUAAUACAUACAAUAAUCUGUGUCUGAUGAAAUUACUAUGUCUUUUACUAUUUUUUUCUUGUAUGUAUUGUUAUGCAUGUUACUUUAUUUUAUUUCAAAAAUGUUAUUGUUACUGAAAUUCUGUUUGAAGUAGUUUAUUUUUUUAUUCUUUGUCAUGAAUGGAUAACUAGAGUAACCUCUUGACAAAAAGUAAUUUUAUACUCUUACCAAAUAGAUAAUAGUAAAAAUCGUGAAACAAUAAUUGUUAACUAGUUACAAGCAGCUUCCAAACCAGAACCAGAACCAGACAUACGGACGGCAUGUGCUUGCUCAAAAUUUAAUGUGAACCUGUCGACACCUGUACUAUGUUUUAUAUGUAUCAACCUGCAUUUAUUUACCUACUUCUAUUCUGUACUGUACAGGAAAGUUAGGUUAGGUGAAACAAUAAUAUUUAUUGUGUGGUUGUUUUUGUAACUUUACUGUGAAUCACAAACCGUUCAGUAUCAUAAUUAAUGCAUAAUUUUGCCAUCAACAAAAUGUUCUAUUUUAUGUGAUAUAUUUGUAAUUAUUUGUCAGAUGAUUAAUUUGUAAUUAAAUUACUUGUGUGAAAAUAAGA